AUGGAUAUGUCAAAAGACUGGAUGGAUACACCACGUCAUGAGAAAGAAUAUCAAGUUGGUGUAGAAAGAUUUUUACACUUUGCUUUCUCAUCAAAAGGAGUUCAUCAAGGGGAAGAAAUUCAAUGUCCUUGUGCAAAGUGUUGUAAUAUAUUUUGGUUAAAGAGAGAUGACGUAUAUGAUCAUCUAAUAUGCCACGAUUUUGUAAAAGGUUAUAGGUGGUGGUUUAAUCAUGGGGAAUCACUUUUUGCUAUGGAUAUUGACAGUGACAUAGGCGGUGAAUAUAACUGCAAUGAUAACAUUGAUGAGUUGUUACGUGAUAGAUUUCGAGAUAAUACACAAGUUGACGGACAAAACAUGGGGCCUAACGAAUGUGCAAAGGAAUUUUAUAAAUUGGUAGACGAGGCAAGCCAAGAACUAUACCCCGGGUGUAAAGGAUUCACAAGAUUAUCCUUUACCAUUCGUCUUUACUUGUUAAAAUGCUUGCAUGGUUGGAGUAAUGCGUCAUUUACUUCUCUCUUGGAAUUAUUGAAAGAAGCAAUGCCAUAUUUGAAUAUUCCUAUUUCUUUUGAUAAAACCAAGAAUAUGGUGAAGAACUUGGGUCUUGACUACCAAAAGAUCGAUGCAUGUCGCAAUGACUGCAUGUUGUAUCGGAACGGGUAUGAGAAUGACUCAUCUUAUCAUGUCUGUGGAACAUCCUGUUAUAUUGAGCAUCAUGAAGAAGAGGAUGAUGUUACCUCAUCUAGAAAGCCUCGCAAAGUUACUGCGAAAACUCGAAGGUAUUUUCCUUUGAUUCCCAGACUUCAACGGCUUUUUAUGUGCACAAGAACUGUCCAAGCUAUGUCUUGGCAUCACAAUGAGCGUGUUAAAGACGGGUCCUUAAGGCAUCCUGCCGAUGGUGAAUCUUGGAAAGCAUUUGACAAUCGACAUGAAGAUUUUGCAAAGGAGCCUCGUAAUGUGAGACUUGGGUUAGCAAGCGAUGGAUUCAAUCUAUUCCGAACUUUGAGCAGUACACACAGUACAUGGCUUGUUGUUCUGAUGGUGUAUAAUCUACCCCUUUGGAUGAGCAUGAAGCCUGAUUAUUUUAUGCUAUCUUUACUCAUUCUUGGACCACAAUCACCGGAAAAUGACAUUGAUGUCUAUCUUCAACCGUUGAUUGAAGAAUUAAAAGAAUUAUGGGAGUCAGGUGUCGAAACAUAUGAUUCGAAAGAAAACAAAAUAUUCAACAUGAGAGCAUGCCUUUUGUGGACAAUUAAUGACUUCCCUGCGUAUGCUAUGUUAUCUGGGUGGAGUACAAAGGGAAAAUUGGCUUGUCUAUGUUGUAAUGAUGAGACUUCUUCUAUCUAUCUGAAACAUAGUCACAAGACUAUUUAUAUGGAUCACCGAAGGUUUUUACCCGUGAAUCAUCCAUGGAGGCAUAACAAAAGAUCUUUCAAUGGAAAAAUUGAACUCAGGUCUCCACCGCAGUUAUUAGAAGGUUCAGCUGUAUUUGAUAUAUUGCGAGAGGUAGAUAAUUCUUUUGGAAAGAAGCAAAAGAGAUCAAAGAAUGGCAUAUCAAAUUGGAAAAAAUGGUCAAUCUUUUUUUAUUUACCAUAUUGGAAGUCCAACAUGUUUAGACACAACCUUGAUGUCAUACACAUAGAGAAGAAUAUAGUUGAUAGCAUAAUUGGAACUCUUUUAGAUAUUCCCGGAAAGACAAAAGAUCAUGCAGUUGCUCGUUUUGACCUUAAAGACAUGGGUAUCAGGAAAAACCUUCAACCAAAAGAUACGAAGGAUGGAAAAAAAACUAAGUUAGCAAAGGCAUGCUUUUCAAUGACUCCAGCAGAGAAAAUAAUCUUUUGUAGUGUGUUGAAAGCGGCAAAAUUACUAGACGGUAGCGCUUCCAAUAUUGCUCGAUGUGUGCAUGAAAGAGAAAAGAAGAUUUCUGGUUACAAGACCCAUGAUGCUUAUUUCAUGUUGCAUUACUUGUUGCAAGUACCAAUCAAGAGCAUACUUCCUGACCAUGUUGCCAUCGCUCUAGUUCGAUUAUGUUCAUUUUUUCGCCGAAUAUGUCAGAAGGUAAUUAGCCUGGAUGAGGUAGUUAACUUAGAAGCAGAGAUUGCUGAGACAUUAUACCAAUUGGAGAGAAUUUUCCCUCCUAACUUUUUUGACAUAAUGGUGCACUUGCCUAUUCAUUUGGCAAAUGAGGUGAGAGAGCAUGAGGAGGCAGUUAAUGAUAACAAUCCACGAAGAACAAAGUGGGAGAAAGCCAAGGACCGCAGUCAACAAUUUUCAGAAUGGUUUAAAAUUCGUGCCAUGAAAAAGGAUGUGCCUGGUUGGGCAAAAGGGUUCGCUAGGGGUCCAAAUCGAGUUGCAAAAAGAAUUUCAGGUUAUAUUAUCAAUGGGUAUAGGUUCCAUACAAGGCACCGUGAUGCGAGACGUAAAACUCAAAAUAGUGGUGUCACAUUAGAGGCAUUGACGCCUAGUUUUGCUAGUGUGAAAGAUAAGAAACCAAUUGAAGCAAAAGUAGCCUACUAUGAUAGAAUAGUUGAUAUGUUUGAGUUAGAUUAUUAUGGCCAAUUUAAGGUAGUCUUGUUUAAGUGUGAGUGGGAGCCAUGCGAACCUGAAGUGAUUCCAAGUCUUCCAAAUGAUAAUGGCGAAAUUGAUCUAGUGAGGAAUGAUCUACAAGCAACUAUUAUAGAUAUGGAUCCAAACAUGUUUGCCAAACAAUAUUGUGAGGAAGACGAGGAAAGCAAAUAUGAGUACAUGGAGGACCUUGACUCUGAAACAUCUUGA